AUUGCCUCAGGAUAUUCUACAGUUUAGAAAUUAACUGGUUUAGGUAUAUCGUCAUAUUUUUGAGAAAUAAGAUUUUCUUUGCCAUUUUUCAUCGUAACGAUCGUGUCAACAUGUGAAAAGAAGAUGACAAUUUGACAAUAUUAAGCCUUAAAGUAGAAAGGUGAUUUACAGCUUUCAUCCCCUUAGCUUUAAAAAUAUUGACAACAGCGCUCUGAAAUGUGAUGAUUAUAACAAAAAAAGCAAAAAAAGAAAAAGAUGACAAAGAACAUAAAUAAAUAUAUAUAUAUACCGAUAAAAAGUCCUCUGAUAAGAUGUUUCUCAUUAAUUUUUUAGAUUCAAGGGACAAUGAGUUGAAGAGGACGGCAUUGAUAAUUCAGAUAAACUCUGAAUUCUCUCAUGUAUGAAUAAUUCGUUGGAGUAUGAAGAGGAUAUAUCGGACGAUGCUCUGUCCUUGUUAUCUGAGCUGUUUGUGGGUUUCUUGCUCUUUGUGCUGAUAUUUUUUUCGGUUGCGGGUAAUAUUCUUGUUUGCGUUGCAAUAUACACGGAUCGUGGAUUGAGAAGAAUUGGUAACUUAUUUUUGGCAUCACUUGCGAUUGCUGAUUUAUUUGUUGGAUGUCUGGUUAUGACAUUUGCUGGUUUUAAUGAUCUACUUGGUUACUGGAUGUUUGGUCCACGUUUUUGUGACACAUGGAUUGCAUUUGAUGUAAUGUGCAGUACAGCAUCAAUACUAAAUCUAUGCGCAAUAUCGCUGGAUCGAUAUAUACAUAUUAAGGAUCCAUUGAGAUAUGGACGUUGGGUCACGAGGCGUGUUGCUGUUGCAAGUAUUGCAAGUGUCUGGCUGUUAGCCGCUACUGUAUCAUUUGUACCAAUAAGCCUAGGAUUGCACAGAAGUGAAGAUUCAAAAGGCCCAGCACCAACAUACAACGAUGGUUCGCAGGAAUAUCCCACCUGUGCCUUGGAUUUAUCACCAACUUAUGCUGUCGUAUCAUCAUGCAUAUCAUUCUACGUACCUUGUAUUGUUAUGAUAAGUAUUUACUGUCGACUUUAUUGUUACGCUCAAAAACACGUUAAAAGUAUACGUGCUGUGACAAAAAUACCCCAACCAUCAUCAAUUGGUAAAAGUUUUCGUGCAAGAACAACAAGAAAAUUACAACCAUCAAAAAUAAAGUCACAAACUAAAACAAAACCAACAAGUCCAUAUCAUGUUUCUGAUCAUAAAGCAGCUAUAACUGUUGGUGUUAUAAUGGGGGUUUUUCUUAUUUGUUGGGUGCCAUUUUUUUGCGUGAAUAUUGUCGCUGCAUUCUGCAAGACAUGUAUACCAGACCGAGCUUUUCAGGUACUAACCUGGCUUGGCUAUAGCAACUCGGCCUUUAAUCCAAUAAUAUACAGCAUUUUUAACACUGAAUUCCGUGAGGCAUUCAAGCGUAUACUUACCAAGGGUGCUCGAGCUCGUGGAAAUCAACCAUCAACGAGUGAAUGUGGAGAAUUUCGUUCCGUAAUUGUACAAAAGCGUAAUGGCUCAAUCGUUGAGUGCAACAUUAGUCCAAGAUCAAGUGCUGACAGUUGUCAGGUGAACCAAGUAAUAACCGGACGACAACAUCGUGACACAAUUGUUAGUUCAAUUUAAUUUUAAUAAUAUAUAUAUAAGAAAAAAAAUAUUAAAGAGACCAAUGAUAAAAUUAAAAAUAUUAAUAAUAUUUAAUGAUUAAUACACCAAAUGAUAAGAAAACAUUACAAGUAUUAAGUACUUAUAAUAAUAAUUAUAAGUAUAAAGAGUAUCUAAGGAAAAAGAUGAUCUUUUAAUGACAAUCAUUAUGAUAAUUUUAUUAGAUGAGUGUAUAUUAAAAAUGGAAAAUAAAAAAAAGUGUAUAAUAGAUAAAUUAAUAGUGAAAGAUUUAUUCAAAAUUAUAGUAAUAAUUUUAGUUGUAGAGCAAAAAAAAAAAAAAA